GCCUACCUUAAUCUUCAGGCUUCAGGCGCCCCGAAUAGAGCCAUCCAAUGUCCUACAUCUUCACUCACCAUGUCUUCUAAGUCUAGAUUCUGUCCUCUCUGUGAUGUCCUGGUCGAUGUGUGGUUAACACCUCACGAUGAUCAAGCAAAUCCCGACUAUCGCCUUAGUUGGUUACAAGAAGUUCGAGCCUUACGAACUACAGAAGAUCUUGAAGGCCCUUUUAUAACGGGUACUGGAUGGUUUGAUAUAGAAGGAAAUGUCAUCGCCCCCGUCGAGUAUGAUAGUCACUAUCGUGACUAUGAACCGCUGCAGGAUCUACACCAGGAUUUCGCGACACAUCAAGUCGGUUAUCCGCAAUGUGAACCUGCCGAGUACUGGUGUUAUGUUCUCCAUAAUGCCUGCUGGGAGCUUCUCAGAGAACGUGUUGAUCCGGAUCACGAGGUUCCUACUAACAGCCUAGCACACCAUCUCUUUGCUAUACUGUUCAAUACCCCCGUGAGCGCUGAGACCGAGGCUUUAGUACCCGGCCAUAACUAUGGACACUCCAGCCAACUCCACCCACGCGAAGGGGAAGUACAUAACCGCUAUUUUACUCGUGUGAAUUUGACCAGUUACUCUUUCAUCCUAGGCGAUAUAACUGAGGAGUUUGUACCCGAUGAGGAAAGCCUUGAAGAUGAAGUCAAAUAUUUCUACGCUCGCUUGGCCAACUCUUACAUGAAGCAUAGGAAUUAUUCUAAGCCAGAUCCUUUCCUACUUCUUCCAAGCGAGCUUAUCAUGCUCAUCCUUGCCCAUCUACCAAGCCGAGACGUUUGCAACUUACGGCUCGCUUCAAGGUACACGGCCGAUCUUUCCUCUCCAGAGUUACUCGAUCAGAAGUUCUGGUCUAGUCGGUUCGACCCGGAUUUUGAGAUGGGCUUCGUCUUUGCUGGUCCUUCCAACUCAAGGCCUACUGAGCCCGCAGACUGGCGGACGCUGUACCUCAAAGCCAAAGGAGCAUUGAAAUCGGAACUGUUCCCUGGCCUGAGAAACCGACAUCGUAUUUGGCAUAUAUUUCAAUAUAUGACCGACGCCUUAUACGUACGUUUAGUAAAUAACUGGUGCGUAGACAGCCCCCCGUAUUGGAACACAGAGUCGUUCCCCCAAAGGUCAGUGUUUGCAGAGGCAUCCUUUUAUUCUAGCUGUACAAACACAACGGAGCCACUGUCUUUGAGUUGUAGGCUUUUUAGGCGCCAAAACCUCUUAUGGCUUCAUUCCCUAGAAAGGCUACAGGCUUCAUUUGUUUACUCGAACGGGAAGACAUAUAUCAGCGGUCUCCGUUUCUUAGCUACUAAUCCAGGGGACCCUAUCCCGCCCAAGGCCGGAUUUAUUAAUCCGCGUAAAGGACAGGAAAUAUUUUUGGAGCCUCAGAGUUCUGUAGAAUAUAUCGAGGCCGUUAUGCAGACGAAAGGUCUAGUCGGAUUACGUCUUCAUAUUCGGGGACUUCAAACCUCAUAUUCCGUCUCGAUAGGGGACAUGGAACUUACAGACCCUCAGAGCGGGAUAGGUAGACUGGUACCAGGCGACAAUAUGCGGUGUGUUGGCUUACACUUUACGCUUGACGCCUGCAAAAUCAUUUCUAUCUCACUUAUAGAGCGACCAGACCCAGCCUCACUGGCUCCUAUUAACAGCAGAACAAUUCCAGCCUCUCCCCAAGAUUGGUGUCCUGGAGAAAUAUGGAAUCCAAGCAUUCCGACGAUUCAUCCAACGUGGCACUUUCCCGCUCCCUCUACCACACAAUACUUCAACUUAUGUCUCAACAUGGACUUCGGUGGAACCGACGGAAAACUACUACAAUCACUGGUCAGGAUUGAUGUAUUGAUGGGGAAAUACCCCUCAGUAUUCACGGGUAUUUCAUUCAUAUAUAGUGAUGGGAGUGAGCGCUUCUAUGGACGCAAGUACUUCAGGAAUAGUGCGGGUGAAAUAAUUGACACGCCAGCAAUUCGACAAUGCUUCCCAAUUGAUGGCCCAGGUGGCGAGUUUAUGACCAAGAUCACCGCCUACUAUUUUCCGUACACAAUCCAAGCCGUCACGAUUACCACCAACCUAGGAAGAGAGAAACAGUUCCACCUCUACGGUAAAGAGUCCAGAGAAAAAACUGAAGAAAAGAGCUAUGCGCUACAAGCUGAACCUGGGAUGCAUUUUACGGCAUUCUACGCAAAGAUCCACUCACCCUUGGGACAUUUCCUAGAUUUCUCUACACGAUGUCAGAGCAUAAAUACGGACUCGCAACCAUCUCUACUAGAGCAUCCGGGUAUUCCACGUUCUAUCUCUAUCACUGCAAAGACAUUAGAUUCAGCUCAGGAUAUGUUAGCAUAUCCUGGGGGGUUCGCCAUCACUACCGCAGACUUUUCAUGCCUUCGGAGAAUUCGUGUUUCGGUGGGUAAUAUAAAGGAAAUAAGCUCACCGAAACAUAUAACGGGUCUCUGGCUCGAAUACUAUAAUUCUACUGUACCGGUCAUCGUAGGACAGUGGGUAAACGAGUUAGGUAGUAUUGACAUCUCUCCAGGUGACCGGAUAUCGGAAGUGGUAACAUGGCACGAUUGCACAAAUUACUAUAAACGAGUCAAGUACGGCCCGCUCAAGAGGCUGAAAAUAGUAACCGCCUGUGGUAUCAGCAAGGAUUUUCUAGAGCAGUACAAGAGCGGAGAAAUAUGCCUAGAGUAUCGAGAGAACCCGUAUGAAACUCUGAGCGGCAUCCUCUGGGGUUAUAAUCAUGAAUGGGACCAUGUCCGUAUCUUCUAUACACCAAAAGCAGGUGUACCUAACACACGACUAUUCAUCAGUCCAACCAGCCACCCUCUCCCUUCAUGGUCAGUCGUACAAAGAGCGUUUAUGCGAGAGACGCGUGAAGAUGGUCGCCCAAAUCCUGCCAUAGCUAUUGAAGUCACUUUCAGGCAGAUUACCAACGAAAUAUGUGGUCUCAGCUUUAUCUACGAGGAUGAGAAGUUCCUGACCCUUGGUAUCGGAGUAAAAGGGGCAAGAAGGAUAGCUAUUCCUCCCGACGAGAAAUUAGCACAAAUGGAGAUAGGAGGCACCCGACAAAACCAUAUCUUGUACAUCAAUCUCUUGACAACCUCCGGCCAGAAAAUAGACUUGUCGCGACUAAGUGUUGAAAAUAUCAAUAAGCGCGUCAUUAAUCGGACCUUAUAUAUUCUUGACCGAUCUUGUCCUGGUCAAUCUGAAAUCUCUAAGACGAAUAUUUGUCAGGUUCCCGAGGGAGCCGAUGUACUCACAGGCUUCUGGACGUUGCCGAGGAGGCGUGGAGGUCUUCGGUAUGGCAGAUUCGGACCAAUUUUCGAAAGUAUCAGCGAAGACAAGAGGCUGGAAGGCUAGGUAACAGAAAUACGGGACUAUGAAUAGGGGUAGAGCUACAUUUG